UGAUUUAAACAUUCUCAAAUAAACUAUAGAAAAAGCAAUAGCUUGAAAAUGCUCUUAAAGUUACUUUAUCAAUUAAUAGCACUGCUAUUUAUAUUCAAAAUAAAAGGAAUCUAUAGCUAUGGCAAGAUCUAUACAACAAGUGAUAAUAAACAGUAUUAUAUAGAUGCGGACCAAGAGUACACCUGGUUCGAUGGUUUAAGCAGAUGUUUGAAAAUGAAUAUGAAUUUGGUGUCAAUUGAAACAGAAGAGAAAUCCAGGGAAAUAAAUCAGCUGGUACUGGAUACCUUUGAUAGAAAUGUCAAAUUAUGGGUGGGUGGAGUUAUGUCACAUUACCAUGAUGGUCGUCAAUAUAUAUGGACUCGAACGGGUCAACCAUUUACAUACAGCUAUUGGUCUGGUGCUAAUCCAGAUUUUGAAACUAAUUCCGAAUAUUGUGUACAAAUUGGUUGGGGCUAUAACAUGGAAUGGAAUGAUAAAUCUUGCGAUUCAAGAUUAGGUUAUAUAUGUGAGUUGCCACAACAAGAGGAAUGGGAAGGCAAGCAGCAGCAGGAAAAUACUCUGCCCAACUUAAUGAACAAAUUGGGAGAAAUACAACAAUUAAUAAAUGAAGACGCAGAACGUAAGAAUAUUUGGCACAUGGAGGCAGAAGAUCAAAAAUAUAAAAUACAAUAUAAGCUGAAUAAUAUUAAGAAUCAAUUGCAGCAAUUAGAAAAGGAAAAUCUAAUAAAGAAAGAGAAACUUUUAGAAAAGAAUUUACAGACCGAAAUUAAAGUUAAAGAAAUUUUACAAAAGAAAUUACAAAAACCUCUAGAAAUGUGGUCCGAAUUACAACAACUUAGAGAGAAAUAUUCAAAGAAGCCGAAGGAAGGCGCACCGUCAGAAACAAUUGAAUGGCAGGGAUUAAGAUUAGUUAUGGGUUAAAGAAAAAUGUGUUAAAUUGAUUAAUUUUUAUUCAAAUUUUAAAUAUUAAAAUCGAAAAUAAUUGAUAAAAUGAAUAAAAAAAUUAAAAAAAAAAAAAAAUAAAAAUUCGAAAAUAAAUUUUGCAAAUUUUCUACGAAAUCAGUUUUCUUUGGUUAAUUUCUGCAAAAUUUGCCUUCUUUAUUACACUUCUAGUACCAAAUUGA